ACAGUAAGCUCGCGAAUAUCUAGCUGAAUUACGCCAAUGAAAAUUUUCGUCUGAAAAGCGCAUAGUAUAUCGCGAUUUAUUGAAUAAAACGUCCACAAGCUGUUUAGGAAAAGGCUCUUUGUGUCAUUUAAUUGAAUACGUUUGUGCUUUUGAGUUUGAUCGAUUGAUAUCUUCUUUUAUAUAUUUAUUUUUUUAACGAAUCGAGUAAACUUUUUAUUUUUUGUGUAAGGAAAGAUAAGACAAAUGCGCAAUGUACGGGUUGUUAAUAGAAAAUAUGUCCGAGUAUAUCAAACAAACGUACGGAGAAGACAAAUGGGAAGAGAUUCGACGUGCAGCUGCUGUAGAUCAACCAAGUUUCAGUACACAUCAAGUCUAUCCAGAGGGAUUACUAUCGAGAUUAACCAAAAAAGCCGUUCAGAUCCUGCAAGUGAGCGAAAAAGAGUUUUCUGACCAAAUGGGUGUAUUUUUUAUUGGGUUUGUGAGUCAAUAUGGAUACGAUAGAGUUUUGUCAGUAUUGGGGAGGCACAUGAGAGAUUUUCUCAACGGUCUUGAUAAUUUACACGAAUAUCUGAAAUUUUCGUAUCCGAGAAUGCGAGCUCCGAGUUUCAUCUGCGAAAACGAAACGAAACAAGGAUUGACGUUACAUUACAGGAGUAAAAGAAGAGGAUUCGUGUAUUAUACCAUGGGACAGAUAAGAGAAGUUGCCAGACAUUUUUAUCAUAAAGAAAUGAAAAUUGAGUUGGUAAGAGAAGAAUUAUUAUUCGAUAUGGUACACGUUACGUUUCAAUUGACUUUUGACAACAGGGCGUUCACUUUAGCAUCUUUAGCGAUGACCAGAGAGGAAAAACAUUUGCCAAUAAGUGCUUCAGUAUUAUUUGAAAUAUUUCCAUUUUGUAUUGUUUUUGGUUCAGAUAUGAUUGUAAGAAGCAUAGGAAAUUCAUUGAUGGUCAUCCUUCCGGAUCUAGUGGGAAAAAAGAUAACAAAUUGGUUCGAUUUAGUUAGACCAUUGAUCGCAUUUAAAUUUGGAUCGAUACUCAACCGUACUAAUAAUAUUUUUGAAUUGGUGACAGUGGAGCCCAUAUUGAAUGACAAACCAUCGGAACGAAAACGGGGACACGAAUUGGUACUUAGCGAUGAAAUGGAAAUGUCAGAAGAUAGAAAUUUGAGACUUAAAGGCCAAAUGAUUUAUAUGGACAACUGGAGAAUGAUGAUGUAUUUAGGAACACCUGUGAUGCCAGAUCUAAAUUCUUUAAUAAAUUCUGGACUCUAUAUUAAUGAUCUCUCUAUGCAUGAUUUCAGUCGAGAUUUGAUGUUAGCCGGUACUCAACAAUCAGUCGAGCUUAAGUUAGCUUUAGAUCAAGAGCAGUUGAAAAGCAAAAAAUUGGAAGAGUCAAUGAGAAAACUGGACGAAGAAAUGACAAGAACAGAUGAAUUGUUAUAUCAGAUGAUCCCCAAACAAGUAGCUGAUAGAUUAAGGAAAGGAGAAAAUCCAAUAGAUACUUGUGAGAUGUUUGAUAGCGUGUCUAUUCUCUUCUCAGAUGUGGUAACGUUUACAGAAAUCUGCAGUAGAAUCACCCCCAUGGAGGUAGUUUCAAUGCUCAACGGCAUGUACUCAAUAUUUGAUAAGUUAACAGAAAGAAACAGCGUGUACAAAGUGGAGACCAUUGGUGAUGCGUAUAUGGUUGUAAGUGGAGCACCAGAAAAAGAAGGUAAUCACGCGGAAAGGGUAUGUGACAUGGCAUUAGAUAUGGUUGAAGCCAUCACCAACUUGAAAGAUCCUUCAACUGGGCAACAUCUGAAAAUACGAGUUGGUGUCCAUUCGGGUGCAGUAGUUGCCGGUAUAGUUGGAUUGAAAAUGCCGAGAUAUUGUUUGUUUGGUGAUAGUGUCAAUACAGCGUCAAGGAUGGAGUCUACAAGUGAAGCCAUGAGAAUACACAUAUCUGAAUACACAAAGGAGCUUUUACCACCGAAGUACAAAGUUAGUGAAAGAGGGGAAAUACAAAUUAAAGGAAAGGGUUCAAUGAAAACUUAUUGGUUACAAGCUAAAGAAUACUGGUCGCCUUCAUCAGAAGAUAAAUAUUCAAAAUCUCUCAUCGAUACAAUCAAAACUAUUCCCCAAAGUCAAUCAGCAGGACAAGUUCAAGAGAUUGGGCGUAUAGCGACCUACUAUCCCAUUACAUUCAAAGACGUAGCUAGGAGAAGUGUUGCUAGUUCCCCUAUAAAACCAACUCCAAAAGAGGUACGAUCGAAUUCAGCUGGUGCAGUUUACUCAUCAGGAUGUGAUCCGGCGGAAAUUUUUGGGUCAUUAAUAUUAGAAGAUGCAGAAUCUGAUGGAAAGUCACAAAAUUCGCAAGUAACACUUCCUUGUACGUUUAAACACAGAAGUACAACUUCAUCGAAGAUUGCCUUUCCUAUAGAUAAAAAAGAGUACAGCGCAAUGUCUCUAGCACCACUCUCCGCCACUAGUCAAAAUCUUCAUUCAGAAGAUUAUAUAGAUCCUCAACUACAAUCAUCAGAUCCUCACGAAAAUCUACUGAGCCAAGAAACACAAUAUCCACGACUAUGUCCAAAACAAUCUCUGGAACUAAAUCUUCAACCAGAAGAAGAAAAAUAUGAGUAUGGCAAGGUGAUGCACGUUUAUGCGAAAAAAAUGGACAAAGACAGAGAGUUGCCAAAUUCCAAAAGUGACAUGAGCAUUUGUCAAAAAAAGGAUAUGAAUCAAAUGAAGAAUAAAAGUCACAAUCAUCAAUGUUGUUAUGCUGUAGAAUCAAGUAGACACCAUAGAUAUAAAAGCAAUGCUUGCAGUAUUAGCUAGAAUUUUGUAUGUAGAUAGUAUCGAGAUAUUAUUACCUAAUAAAGAAUAUUCAUUUUGUAAA